AUGUCAACCACAAACCCCUCCGCCUCUCCAUCCCGCUCCCCCGCACCUCAUCAACAAGACGACCAACACCAAGAGCAACAGCAACAGCAACAACGCCUAAAAGUCCACACCCACCACUGCCGCUUCUGCAACCACCUCCUCCUAGCCACAACGCGCACGAUCGCGACCCUCCCGCGCCGAAAAGCCCCAGCGCAGGAUAACGCGCUGAUUCUCCCUCUUCCGCACGCUGACGAGGACGAAGAUGACGACGACGAGGAGGAGCUAGACGCGACUACCUCACCCGAACCAAAACGAACUGAACAAACAGAAAGCGAAGGACAGGAUGACAGGCAAAGGCGCAGACAGAAACAGAAGCACUACACGAUCCUGCUAUCCACAACUCUCCCCGAUCGCAAGGCGACGCUGAUCCGUCGGGAAGACGGGUUCGAGAAGAGGCGGUUCCUGCGGUGUGGGCGGUGUCGGGUUGUGGUGGGGUAUUUUUUGGAUGCGGUGCAUUUCCCUGUUGCUCAUGGGAAGGGGGAGGAUGUAGUUGAGGCGGAAGGGGCGGAUCAGGAGCCGCGGGUUGUAUAUUUACUUCCUGGGGCGUUGAUGGAGACGGAGAUUAUGGGUGAUGAGGAGAAGAUGCAGGCGAUGGAUCGGGAGUGGAGUGAGUGGAUUGCUCAAUAG